AUGGUCUACAUACGCCAGCGCAACCUCGCCAAACUCCACGAGUACAAAUACUCGGCGGUGGACAAGUCUCUCACCUCGAAAUAUAUCCUCAAGCCAUUCUAUACCCAUGUGGUCAUAAAACUUUUCCCAAUGUCCAUGGCACCGAACCUUAUCACCUUGACCGGUUUCGGCUUCGUGGUGAUCAACAUUUUGACGAUGCUGUGGUAUAAUCCCAGUCUGGACACGGAUUGCCCUCCCUGGGUAUAUCUGUCCUGGGCCAUCGGUCUUUUCUUGUACCAGACUUUCGACGCAGUGGACGGAUCACAGGCUCGGAGAACACAUCAGAGUGGUCCAUUGGGCGAACUCUUUGAUCACGGAGUGGACGCUUGCAACACCAGUCUCGGGGUCCUUAUUUUUGCAGCCGCAAUGAACCUCGGCCAGUCCUGGAAAACCGUUCUCACACUCUUCGGUACCGUCCUCACCUUCUAUGUUCAGACCUGGGAAGAAUACUACACUCAUACCUUAACAUUGGGUAUCGUCAAUGGUCCGGUCGAAGGAGUUUUGACUCUGGUCACGGUUUACUUCCUCACUUGGCUGAAAGGAGGCGCCAGUUACUGGCAGCAGCCUAUGCUGCCAAGCCUGGGGUUUCCCAAGAGUGCUUUGAUACCUGACUCCCUCUAUCAACUGGCCUGGAAUGAAUGGUAUAUGGUGUACGGGGGAUUGGUCCUCGUCUUCAACACUGUCAGCAGUGUCUUGAGUGUCAUGAAUGUCCGCCGUGAAAGGGGCAAGGACCCGAUCAAGCCACUUUUCGGGCUGCUACCCAUCACCGUCACCUGGAUCCUCAUUCCCAUCUAUCUGUGGUUGAACCCCGUGAUCCUGCACCAUCACCUUGUCCCCUUUGUCUGGUUUGCCGGUCUCGUCAACGCUUAUUCUGUCGGGCAAAUGAUUGUGGCCCAUCUGGUCAAAGACAAAUUCCCUUACAAGAACAUCUUGAUCGUGCCAUUGGCUUGGGCUGUGGUUGACAGUCUAGGCCCACAACUGGGGCUGUGGCCGAGUGCCCUUGGUGGCGACAUCUACCAAGUGGCCUUCGUGUUCCUUGCCCUGGGACUUGCCUUGGGGGUAUAUGGCAGCUUUGUCCAUGAUGUGAUCACCACAAUCUGUGACUACUUGGACAUCUGGUGCUUGACCAUCAAGCAUCCGUACGUGGAAGACAAACAGAACGGAGAGGUGAAGAAAUCGAAAUGA